UCUCCAUCAAGGUCUCCUGAAAUAAGGCCCCAUAUCAUCAAUUUACUGGUGAAUUCUAUUGCUGAAAACUUAAGCCUCAACGUAUGUUCUAUUGGCGGUGGUCCUGGAUCAGAUAUCGUAGGUCUUCAGAUGAUGUUGAGGAAUAUGGGUCUAAGUUCGCUCUGUCACAUACGAGGUUAUGUUCUUGAUCAGUUUCCUGAGUGGAGUAACAUGUGGGAAAAAAUAAGCUCACAGAUGAAUCAACCUCCACGUGUAAAUUUCUUUAAGUAUGAUGUUGGAAACAACACACCCAAUGUCUGUCACAGGUAUGCUGUUAAACAGGCACGUCUGAUAACUUUGGUGAAAUUUAUAUCCGCAGUCCGUAAACAACAAGGUGCGUUCGAAGGAAUGAGAUCACUCUUAAGACAUGCGUCACCGGGUGCGUAUAUGUUUUACGCGGAUAAUAAAGAUGGUGGAGACAAUGUAUCAUUUCUCCUAGGAAUAGCGAUCAUGGCUGGAUUUGAGCUUGUUCAUUAUUCACACAGUGAAGUAUUUAUAGAAAACAACCCAUUAUAUUCGGCAAUCAUGAAGCUGUUGAACCACCAGCCCAAACGCUCUGUGAGGAUGACGUAUAUGCUUUUUAGGAAGAAAAUGUCGGCAAAUUAGGAGGAUUAAUCAAGAAGACAAUCUGGUAUCUUCAGUAUUUUUUAUUCACUGUUAACGUUCAUCAAACCUCACCCAGGGGCGGAUCCACAGAUGGCCCGAAAUGGUACACUAUGUGUAAAACGUUAAAUGAAUGAACACGAAACGUUAGCGGGUUACAGAAUGAAUGGACUACUGGGGAGGCUAUUUUAUUUAUAUAUUUAUAUUUUGUAGCUUCAAGUAAUAGAGCCUACGUAUUUCCAAAACCAUAAUACAUUGAUACUGCUUUGUUAAUAACAUUGUGACUUUUGGGUGAUUUAUUUCGUGUUUGUGUCGGGGAAGCGGUGGGGUGUGUGUGGAUUUGUAGGCCUAAAUUAUGAGUGGAAUAAC